AUGUCCAUCAGCGAACGCAUCGAGGAAGCGCGGGUCAACGGGGAGGAGGUGAUAUCGCUCAAGGACUCGUUCAUGGGAGACGAAGGCUGCUGCCUGCUGGUGAAGUCGUUGGGGGCGGAGCAGCGAGUGAAGAGGCUGGAUUUGGGAGGAUGCAACAUUCGGAGCGAGGGGGCGAUAGCUCUUGCUUCCCUGCUGUCUUUCUCGCACACUCUCACGUCGCUCAGCCUCGAGUGGAACGGGAUCGGGAUGCUUGAGUCUGCCUUUGUCACCUUCUGCAGGGCCCUGUCCUCCAACCGCUCUCUCCUUGAGCUCGACCUGCGCAACAACAACAUCGGAGGUGCUGGAGGAGCCGCGUUGGGCGACAUGCUUGCGAAGAACUCGGUGAUGCGAAAACUUGACAUCCGUUGGAACAGCCUGGGAAUGAAAGGAGGAGCCGCUCUGGUCAUUGGUCUGCAGGAGAAUCAAUCUCUCAUCCAGCUAGACGUGUCAGGAAACAAGGUGAAGUUGAUGAAGGAGCAGGAGCAGGAGCAGGAGCAGGAGCAGGAGCAGGAGCAGGAGCAGGAGCAGGAGCAGGAGCAGGAGCAGGAGCAGGAGCAGGAGCAGGAGCAGGAGCAGGAGCAAGGAAUCACGGAUGAAAGUCUCUCCAAGAUCCAGCAAGUCAUCAACAAGAACCGACAACUUCUGUCGCAGAGCGACACCAGCGAGGAGGCAGCGAGAGGGGAAGGGGAGAGGAUAGGGGAGGAGGAGAGGAAGCGAGAGGGAGGGAACGCGAGCUUGAACGACGCGCUAGUCCGAGAGACUUUCAAGGACCUCCAAGAGGCUCACAAGCUCUCCGAGAGGAUCUUCACUGAGGAGGAAGAAAGGAAGGAAAGAACUACUAGAAGUGUUCACCUGGACGACCACGUCGAUAAGAAGCUUGUCGACAUGUCUCGGUCUAUGCUGGAGUACAAAGAGUUGUACCUCCACACCGAGGAAAGAAUCUCUGCAGACGCAGGCAAGAGAACAGGAGGAGCGACGGAACAGAGAGAGGCAGGGAUGCUCGAUGGGGAGGACGGGCGUUGA